AUGGCCGCUCCCCAACCUGGUCCGAAUGCAGAGCUUAUUGCAGCUGCGAGUGAGUUCGCUGCAGCUGUCAAGGAUUUCAAUGGCGAUCCGGUUAAGCAACGUCAGCUGUUGAAGGAGGCUGACCGCCUCCGCCUAUUGCUGGAAACCCCAAUGGAUGUGCUUAUGAGGCAAUGGGAAAUGAGCCAAUGCAUCGCGGCUAUGAACUUGCUGAUCGAGCUCGACGUUUUGGAGGCCAUACCAAAGGAAGGAUCAAUCAGCUCGAAAGACUUGGCCCAAGCUGUGAAUGUCGACGAGUCCGCCAUAGCUAGGGCGUUGAAGCUUGUGGUAAUUAAUGGCAUCUGUGUCGAGCCGACACCAAAUACAUUCGCCCUCAACGCCAAUGCCUUUGUCUUUCUAAAAGGCGCGGCCAGAGAAUUCUUCCAAUUCAUGAUCGACCAGACAGGACCGUUUUACAAAUUACCCGAGUACUUCCGCACACACAAGCAAGAAGAUCUUUAUGACUUGAAGAAGUCGCCGUAUGCCUGGGCAGUUGGCCUGGAAGGCAAGGAUUACUAUGAAGCCAUCUCAAGCGACCCCAAGAAAUUGCACAAUUUCAACUUCACCAUGGCCACAUCGGAAGCUGUCACGCCUAUCUUAGGGAUGUUCCCAUGGGCUAGCAUGAAAGAGGCGGUUGAGGCUGAUCCAUCUCGCGCAUUCGCGGUUGAUAUCGGAGGUGGCAGAGGUCAACUCCUGAAAGCCAUCCAGCAAGAAGCUCCUAAUGGGUUUGGCGCCAAGAUGGUUCUCCAGGAUCGCCCAGACGUUCUUGCUUCUUUAACAGAUGAGGACAUCCCUGGUAUUGAGAAGAUGCCAUAUGAUUUCUACACGCCGCAGCCAGUCAAGAAUGCGCAUUUAUAUGUGAUGCGCCGCAUCCUCCAUGACUUCUACAUCCCAGUGUGCAAAGAUCUUGUGAAGAAUGUUGCAAGUGCCAUGGGACCGACAUCUCGAUUCAUUAUCGCAGAUAUGAUCAUGCCUGACAAGGUUGAGAUGGGAACGGAGGUAACGCCCUACUGGAUGGACUUCAACUUGAUGAUGUUGAAUGGAACAGAGAAAUCGAAGGCGCAAUUUGAAGAGAUUUUGGAUGCAGCAGGAUUGGAAAUUGUCAAGAUUCACCCGUUUGCGUUUGGAUGCCAUGCAAACAUUGAAUGUCGGCUGAAGACCACGACUUCUUCAUGA